AAUGACAGCCAAACGAUGACAAGUUGGGGCCAGCAGUCCUUGAAUGUGCUCACCGUCCUUCUCUCGUUGCUGUUCUCAGCAGCCCUCUCGGCACACUUUCGAGUCUGCGAGCCCUACAUCGACCACAAAGGCCACUACCACUUUGGCUUCCACUGUCCCCGGCUUUCUGACAACAAAACCUACAUCUUGUGCUGUCACCAUAACAACACGGUCUUUAAAUACUGCUGCAAUGAGACGGAGUUCCAGGCGGUGAUGCAGCUGAAUCUCACCAGGCAAUCGGAAGGCUACAUGCAUAACAACUACACAGCGUUGCUGGGCGUCUGGAUCUAUGGUUUCUUCGUGGUGGUCUUGCUGGUGUUGGACCUUUUGUAUUACUCCGCCAUGAAUUACAAUAUCUGUCGGGUCUACCUGGCGCGAUGGGGGAUCCAGGGGGCGUGGAUGAAGCAGGGCCCCAGCCGGGGGACUAAGGCGGCUCAGCCCGCCUCCCCGGGGCCCACGCCUGCAGCCCCCGCUGCCGCCCAGGCCGCACACACCCUCCGAGGAGACGCGCUCAGCCCGCCGCCGCUCAUGUCUUUUCCCAGUUCUUCUGCCUGAAAAACUUCCUGCCGUGCCUCAGGAUGGGAGAGGGGAAGAUUACAAAAACACAGGCAGCUUCCAGAAGGAAAGACAUCCAAGGGGACAGAAGGACCAGCCAAGAGGGUGCUGCCCAGUGGCCUGGUGCCUGCCCCGUGCCACCUUUCCGCUGACUUAGGAAAUUCCACUCUACGGAGAAGAAGGGUUCCCGGGACAGCAGUCUAUAAGCAAUAUUCCCAUUGUAGACUGGGGUCCCUAGAAAGCUGAUGUCCUAUUUACCAAGAGAGUGUGGGCAGGAGCCAGUCUUGAGCUGCUCUGGCCAAACCGAAGGGAAGAAAGGUUGCGAGUGGCUAACGUCACCUUCCUCUGCCUUCCCAUCUCCAGUAGUCGCCAAAUCAAGCUUAAUCUCAAUGU